GGAGGAGGCAGCAGGGACACGGUAACCUGCAGGAGGGCUCACAUGGUCCUGCAGCAGCGGAGCGCGGACCACCAGGACUCUCCAAACCUGUGACACUCCGUUUGGCUCCCUCCCCUCCCAUCGUCCUCCGUCUUAUUUCAUUUCGCAUCCUUCCUCCCGCAGCCCAGUGUCGGGUCGGACUUGGGCCGGUACAGCAACGCCAUGGCUCGGGAGAACGGAGACACCACCGGCAGAGGCGAGACGUGGAAAAAACAAGUCGACGACAUUAAGAAGAUUUUUGAUUUUAAAGAAGUCCUCGGCACGGGGGCGUUUUCAGAGGUGGUCUUGGCCCAGGAGAAGCUGACUGGCCGAAUGUUUGCAGUGAAGUGCAUCCCCAAGAAGGCUCUAAAGGGGAAGGAGAGCAGCAUCGAGAACGAGAUCGCCGUGCUGAGGAAGAUCAAGCAUGAGAACAUUGUGGCACUGGAGGACAUCUAUGAGAGUCCCGAUCACCUCUACUUGAUUAUGCAGCUGGUGUCCGGCGGUGAGCUGUUCGACCGAAUCGUGGAAAAAGGAUUCUACACGGAGAAAGACGCCAGCACGCUGAUCCGGCAAGUCCUGGACGCUGUUAACUACCUGCACAAGAUGGGUAUUGUGCACCGAGACCUAAAGCCAGAGAACUUGCUGUAUUUUAAUCCUCAAGACGAGUCCAAGAUCAUGAUCAGUGACUUUGGUCUUUCAAAGAUGGAGGGCAGCGGUGACGUCAUGUCAACUGCCUGUGGCACGCCAGGAUACGUGGCUCCAGAGGUUCUCGCCCAGAAGCCGUACAGUAAAGCAGUCGAUUGCUGGUCCAUUGGAGUGAUCGCCUACAUCUUGUUGUGUGGUUAUCCUCCGUUCUACGAUGAAAAUGACUCCAAGCUGUUCGAGCAGAUCCUGAAAGCUGACUACGAGUUUGAUGCGCCGUACUGGGAUGAUAUAUCAGACUCGGCCAAGGAUUUCAUCAGCAGACUGAUGGAAAAAGAUCCAACCAGGCGCUUCACCUGUGAACAGGCACUCAGACACCCCUGGAUCGCUGGGGAUACAGCUCUCUGCAAGAACAUCCAUGAGUCAGUCAGCCGGCAGAUCAGAAAGAACUUUGCCAAGAGCAAAUGGAGGCAAGCGUUCAACGCCACUGCCGUGGUCCGGCACAUGAGGCGGCUGCAGCUUGGCAGCAGUAUGGGGAGCAGCAUUGACGCUUCCAACCCACUGACUAGGCCGAGUCAGGCGCAGAAGCCAGCCCAAAGCCAGAGCCAGGCAGGCCAGAACCAGCCAGCUCAGAGCCAAAACACCGGCCAGACGGCGCAGAGCCAGAGCACCAGCGCCGUCGCCAGUAAAAUCUCUUCCAUAGAUAACAACAUAGCAGCUCCCCGCAAGGAAUGUGUCACUGGACCGGUCACACCCUGCAGUCUGGCAUCUGCAGCCUCUUCUCCCGCCACAGGGACGGAACUGAAUCGGCCGCACCCCUCAGCGGUCCCCGCCCCGGUUCUCACAGAGACCAAGUGACGCCAGGUCCCGCGGGGAACCAGCUGGGAGGCCACAGCGUUGUGAAGCAGGGAGACGAGAUCGAGGACGACCAGUGAGGAAGAUGAUCGCCCUCUUCUUUCUACUUCCCUCUCUUCACUUUACUCCCUCUUCAAUAUGCCCCCCAGCCGGUACCCCGCCCUGCUCCCGGGAGAGCAGAGGACCCUACCUUCACCUCACCAGUUCAAGCCACCAUUGUCAUACUGCAUGCCCACCAGGAUGACAUGCAGGAGUCUUCCUGCCACAGCAACAGCCCACCCGCUGUCUCACGCUGGGGAUGGUCAUACACAUGGCUGUGAUCAUUGCCUGAUAAAUGGGUGUCGACUGCAUUUGAGCUGCAGUUGGUGGUUCACGGUGGAGUUGCUGGUAUCAUACAGUUCAACUUCCCUAUUCAAUCUGAUCUUUCCUGCAUCAAUUUACUUUUUUUCCAAAUUAGGUUUGACUGUUGGCAAAUGGAUUGUGUUACUUUUUAUUACUGCUGUUAAUUUUAAAGGUGCUGUGUGUAACAAACAUAUCAUUGUCAAAUUGAUAUUGCUACUUUGGCAUAAUUAGCGUAAACAACUAAAACAAUACCCCAAGAUGAGUCACAUAUAGUUAUUCUUUAUUAACAGCUGUUGCUGUCUUAGGACCUAAAGUAGGACCCGAUUCCCCAUCACCUGAUGUUUGGUCUAAAAAACAAAAAAGCUGACCUGGUAACUGUGGGAUACAGAAAAGAGGCUGCUGGUCUUUUGAGUAAUGCAUUUAAUUGUUUACAAAAAUUUUAUCGAUGUGGCAAAAUCAUGUGACAGUGGUUUAUCCAUGUAAAAAUGCCACACAUAGCACCUUUAAGACAUUUCUGUGUCUUUAUGGGCUUGGUUGUUUGUUUGUUUGUUUAUGCUUUAAGAAGUGCUUUAAAAGUACCAUAUGACUGUUGAGAUGUGGAAACAUGAAUAAGCGCUUUAUCUAUUUUGCACAGAAAGGGUCAGACAUUGAUUAGCUGCCAUUCACACACGUUUAUCAGACAGAGAGUAGAGAUUGUAAACCUUUAUUUAAAAAAAAAAAAGAGUGGAUGUCAGAGCAUUGUAUAACUUGUUUAUUGUCUGAAAGAUUCUGAUUUGUUUAUUAUUUUCUUACUUUAUAAGACUUUUAUAACAAUCGCCCUUUAAGGGACAUGCAUACUGGUAAUUAUGAAGUGUUAUGAGUAAGUUUAGGAUAGAAUUAGAACUGAAAACAAUAAAUACUUAACUGGAAAAACAUCCAGUUGAGAAGGUUAGCGACUAAAGAUGGAUUGCCGUUUGACUUCCCAAGGAGCUUCAGUGUAGUUUCUAGAUGGCUAAAAGAAACAAGGCCUGGUGAGUCACAAUCCAAGAUGGAGAAGCUGUAGCCUGCCGUUGUUCUUUAUGCCUCUAAUGAAGCCAUGAUCUCACCCUCUUGUUUUGUUAAGCUGUACCCAGUCCAGAAGUGCUCAGGGAAAACUGCAGCUGCACUGUGCUCUGGUGAACACCAGUUUCCUGUCUUUAUUUUUAGGUUUCUCACGGUCCGGGCGAUCCAGGUGGCAUCGCAGUUAAUGAUCCAGGCUUCAGGACAUUAGGAGUGUCCUUAUUGUAGUGGCCCAUAACUUGAGCACUGAUGACUUAGACUGGGGCUACUAAUGACCACAUACAUACGUGGGCUCACUGCAGGCAAACAGCAGGUCAUUUAUGCUUAAUUUUGAAGCUUUUCAAGGUGUUUUCAUCUGCAAGCCUGUUUCCAAAAAAGUCAUGAAAUGUAUUUAAAGACCAUUUAUUUAUGUAUUUGAUGUCAGCAGAUGCCAACAGCACUUUCCAAACAAGUUGGGAGAGGGCCAUGUUUCCUAAUGUGUGGCAUCACCGCUUAUUUUAACCAUUUGAAAAACCAGGGAGGCUGACUGCUGUAGUUUUGCAAGCAAAAGGUUUGUUGUCUGGCAUAGGAUUUCAGCUGCGCCACCAUUUGGUGCCACCUCCAUCGCAGUUUUCAGUGGGUGAUAGUUUUAUACAGUAGCUAAGCCAGUCUAGACACACCAGAGCCUUGCUGUUGGAAAGCAUGCAGAAUGUGCGGGAGCACUGUCUUUCUGAAACAAGCAAAGCAUUUCUGAAACAGACAUCUGGCAGCAUGUGUUGCUCUAAAACCUGUCUGUAUCAUUAAGAAUUUAUGGUGCCUUCACAGAUGUUCACUAAUUCCCGUCACUGAUUUCGGCUUUUGAAACCUGAGAUGAUAACAGGCCCAGUGGUGUCCACAGUGUCACAAUGUGCAAAUUGAAAUGUUGAUUGGUCAGAAGAAUUCAUCUUUGUUUAUCUCAUUUAUAUAUAAGAAUUAUAUUUGCAUGGGAGUUUUUUUUUACUUGCAUUUCUGGAUAUGAUGAACUGUGUUUACUGACGAUGGUUUUCGGAAGUGUUGCUUAGCCCAUACAGUGAGUUCCAUUAAAAAGAAAUGGCAGCAACUCAUCAUCAGUAAGGUUCAACUAGCCUGGUGGCCUAAUCCUAGCCAGUGCAGACAGUUUGAAGACAUGAGUGUACACGGGUCAGUCUUUACCACCGUUUCAGAGAUUACCAAAUUAUAGAGAGGGAGCUGCUGCAACACCUGGAAAAAAAUACAAUGAAUUCAUUGUUUUGCUUUCUGUUUGGACUUUUUUCUGCUGAUGUCACCAGUGCUGCGUGCAACAACCAAUGUGGUGGCCAUAAAAUAAGCUUUAGUGUCCGGAGAUCAACAUUGGUUGCUCCUUUGUUCAAAUUUCUUCUGCAUAGAUUUCUGCAAAGUGUCUGAAUCUUUUAAUGUUAUUAUAUGCUACAGAUCAAAUUCUUUGUGUUUCAUUAUUUCAUGUUUUCUUUAUACUUUUUUCAAUUCAAUACAGAGGUUAGGACAUGGCAAAUCAAUGUAUUCUGUUAUUAUUUCCAUUCUACAUCUCCCAGCUUUUUUGGAAACAGGGCUCUAAAAACAAAUACAUGGAUCCAUAACUUAGUGUCAUAUUUUUAACUACAAAACUGACUUCCCCCCCUCACUUAGUGGAGCUCAGACUUCACUUGAACAUGGUUGUUGUGUCAUUAGUGGUAAUGGCUUUUCCCAGAAAGCAGAGCUGUCCAAUGCAGGGUGCUCACUCACACAUAUCAGAUUGUCAUGUCUUUAUUAGAUGCAAUUUUACUGAUCCCUUUAUUGAAAUGUAGCCAAAGACUAUUGCUUGAUAAUGAAGACAAUUUGGUUCAUUCUGCAGUGCUUAACAAAUUAGAACAAAACUAGCCGGAUGUAAAGUUGUUCACGACACAAACUAAAAACUAAGGGCUUAAUUACAGCUGCAAAAUAAACUAAAGAGAGAGUUUUUGAGUUUUUAUCUCUUUGUAAUCUGUUGCCAUUUAUAUUUUUUAUUGUCUUAAAGUGUGUUGCUAAAAAAAAUGUGAGGUGGGGGUGAGCCCACAUCCAGAUAAAAGUCAAAUUAAGGUAAAAAUGACAGUGAGUCAACGCUCACCCAGGCUUUCUGGAAUUCCCUUUUGGCUUACUGCUCUGUUCUGUGUGUUAGGCUCCAUCUACCUGGCGCUAAAGUAGACUAAAAUGAACCAUUACAAGGUGCUUGUGAAUCUAAAUGUCUCCUUCCUCACUCUGCAUCCAACAUCUUUGGUCUUUGACAGCAGCAUUUUUCUUUAAUAAGUUCUUUAAGAACAAUUGCAACGUGUUUAGAUUUUUAGAUUUUGCCCUGUUCCCUAAAGUUGUAGAUUGCCACCUUUUGUCACUGAAAGGAUGACAAAUAAUACUCUACUUUUUUUUUUUUUUUAAUUGCCAGCUAACGUUACAGUCACACUAGCAAAAAACAGUGGUUGGAGACCACAGCAUUACCAAGAGUAUUGUGACAAUAUAAAUUGAACUUGCAAUUUCGCUUCCUUUUAAAAUGGUCGUUUCAAAGAUGGGGACUAGGUCUGCAACCACUUGCAGUCAGCUAGCCUCCUCAGAGCGACUCUCUUUUUGCCAUUUUAUUGCCAUCUUGAUGCAGUCUGCUAUCACUUUGUGAUUGAAUGAGUCAAAUUGGCAGUUACAUGCAAUCUAUUUGCAAUAACACAGUAAUUAACUGUGAUAAACUGGCUGAAUCUGCUAAAUCUGUUGCCAUCUUCAUACACAGAAAUUCACAUUAACUACUCAGAGUCCAAUCAGAACCUCAUAGAAAUCUAUGAGGUUCAUCUAUGAGGUUCAACUACAUCACUUACUCCAUAAGUAGUGAUGUAGUUGCUGCAAGAUGACGAUUUAAUUGCAAAAUGGCACAGGUGCUCAGCAACCUUGCUUUUAUAUAGGAAUAUAACCAGAAUACAACCGGUUGGCAACCAGUUGAGACGAGUCCCCUAUUGGAAAAAAAGAUGGAGGUGAGUUGCACUCAUUGGUGCACACUUUACUUUUACUUUACUUUAUUGCAUUUAGCCGACGCCUUUAUCCAAAGCGACUUACAAUGAUGAUACAGUAAUACAAAAAGCCAAAACAUUAAAAUAAAAACAUUACAAGAGUUAAACAUUAAAAAACAAUGCAACAUUAAAAAUGUAUGUCUAUACACAUCAGAAGUAAUUGUCCUAGUUAGUGCAGGUGUUCUCUAAAAAGCUCAGUUUUUAGGAGUUUUUUAAAAACAAGGGACUCCGCUGCUCUGGUGGAGGUAGGCAGCUUGUUCCACCAUCUGGGAACUAUGGAGCAGAACAGUCUGGAUUGCACUGACUCAGAUUGAUUGCAAUGUGUUGGCACGCUGUCCAUAUUUAUAAAUUACACACCAAUUAUUUGCAGCCCGGUGUCAAUCUGUCUUAAGAGUGAAUGCAGCCAGUCUCAGCUGGUAUUUGGAGACAGGUUGCCUCCCACCAGGCAACCUGUCCAGUCAUCUUGCUAUCAACCAUGGCCAUUCAGAGGUUGAGGGUGUUGCAACAUUUAACCUCUGGGUGACUAAUUUGUUGCUACAACUAACCAACAACAGAAAACUUGAAAAUGCAACCACAGAUUUAUCCUGGUUGCAUUUUUACCUAUUUUUACUCCAGUGUGACUGAGCCAUAAUCCCAUGAAAAGGCCAAAAAGCAGCUUUGCGCUUGAUGUUUCUUACCUGCUUUACAAAGUUCUUGGCCAUUUUAAAGCUCCGAGCCUAGAGUCCUUCCUGCUGUUUUGUCUGCUAUUGGCUUUGCUUGAGAUUUGUUGACAAAAGAAAAAUGGAGUUUAUAUCUAGACCUAUCUUUUGAAGGAUGACAACUUAGAAAUCCAUCUGUCUGUGGUAGUGGGAUAUUAAUAGUUUAAAUACCCCUGUAAGGGAUAGAAAACUUUACGGAAACCUCUAAUCAUGCUGCAGUUGUAUGACUGUGCUGUUUUUGAAGCACUGUAAAACUCACAGACUGUAUGGUGACACCACUGAUGCAGGGCAAAUACUUCUUGGUCUCACUGAGACUAGAUAUUGGCUGAAAACACUUCUAUUACUUUAUGCAUGAUGUUGUAGCAACAAAGCAAGUCUUAAGAGAGCUGAAGUUUAAAAUUGUGGUAGAAUAAGAACAUUUAAAGCUGUGUGUGUCAAAGCAGUCAGAAAAAAAAAGUUCAAACGUUUGAACUGCUGCACAAAUAGUUGAGAUUUCUGAAGGUUUGUUAUGAAAUCUUUCUGAGAGGAAACUAAUCCAACUGACAUUAAUCCAUGUAUAUUGAGGGGAACUUUCAACCAUGUAAGGGCUUUAUUCCAAUGACCACCUUAAUCUUAUUAUUCACUGUAACCAUGUCUGUCUACCCAUUGAUUGCUAUGCAUUUUUUUAAAAAUGACAUUUUUAAGCGUGUUGUCGAUGCUUUUUUUCUGGAAAGCAUGAUCAGGAAAACAAAGGAAAACAUCAGCAGCUUUAGUUAAAUCUAUUUAAAACAAUUUCAGUCACUUACCUAUUCUUAUUAAAUUUAAAUGAGCCACAUUAGGGUGUACCAGGUUAAUGAAGUAGGAAUAUAAUUCAUUAAAUGUGAUGUCGUCCACUUUAGUUUGGACCUUGUGGGUUUCCGAAAGUGCUGUGAGGCAGGCAGAGGGUUCAGGUUCAAGCUCCUCUGUGGUUUUAUGUCUGCUGUUUUUGUUUGCUAAAGAGAGCAAGAGAGAGAGAGCAUAAAUGUAAUCCGAAUGAGUCUUUCCAUGUUGAAGAUGCUACUGUAAAUAGAUUGUGAAUACCGAUGAACAUUUUCAAGGUAAUAUUUACGAAUGUUUUGCUGUUCAGGCAUGUCUGAGUGAGUGAGUGUGCAUUGAGGGAAGUUGAUUGUAUUCUCUAUGGAAUGUUUAAUGUACAAAAAAAAAAUGUAAAAAAGAAAAAAAAAAAAAACCUGCUAAAAACUCCCCUUUACUUCCCGACUGCUAGCUUUGAGAAACUGUACGGCAGCACGUGACUGCCAUCAGCAGAAACUGCACGGCGCAGUUUAACACCAUCAGUGUUCCACCAUCACUUCAGUGUCAGUCCAACUAAAAAGAGAAAGCAUUGUUUACUGAACUCAGGCUUAUGUUUUUUUGCCAUUCUAAAGGAAGAAAUCCAAAGCUGUGACCGACUCAGAAACACACUGUUGUGGAUGUACGCGCUCUCCACUUUGAACUCACAAUCCUUUGACUUUUUUCUUUUUCUUUUUUAUGAAGAUGAACUGCACCUUCAUGGAUAAAAAAAACACAAGCAUGUUGAAAAAGUGCUUCAAGAUUUCAACUUUACCAUGAGUGUUUGCAUAAUCUUAUAUGCCCUUGUAUGAUGUUCGUAUCUGUAUUAUGUGAAGACGUACACAGGUUGAGAUGACCGGGUCCACAAGAGCCAAGCAGAGUAUUGGUUCUAACAGGCAGAAAUUAUCCCUUGAAUUACUUACUAUUAUUAUUUGCUGGAUUUAUUAGAAGAUACUGCAUUCCAAGAUUUAUUACUAUGAAAAUUGCUUUAAUUCUGCUUAUUAGAACAACUAUACACUGCUACAUGACUAGAAGAAAAUACAUUUAUAUUGGCUGGGCUUUUUUUUAAGUUUUUAUCAUACGAAGUUUCUCAAGUUGUGAAAAUACACAAAAUCAGAUACAUUGAUUGUGUGACUCAGUUUAUUUUUAAAGCUGGUUCUUAGUAAUAGGAAGUGAAAUGUAUUUGCUUGACAAAAAAAAAAAAAUUUCUUCAUUGAUCAAAUCCAAAUCUUUUUUAUGGUCAUGAUUCACCUUGUGGUAGUUGGCUUUUACAUACCCAGCAAACAUGGUUGAAACCCCAACAUUGUCUCCAUGGUCAAAACUGGUCAUGGUGUAACAGCAAAAACAAAAACAGAUGGGUGUGCAGCUUGUUUCCACCUGGAAUAGAGGUCAAAUAGUUUUUUUUUUUUUUCACAUUUAAAUUCUGUUUAAUUUGUUACAUGAAGAAUUUAAUGCAUCAAACUUAUGUAAGUAUCCCCACUCUGUCCAUGAUGUCAGUAUACUAAAAAUCCUAAAAUUUAUCCCUAAAGUGAAUUAGCAGCACAAGUGGAGAACCCUCAGGUUAAAUGUCUUGAGAUCAAAUCACAAUCGUGUCUGCAUUUUUUUCUCCUCAUUCUUUCUAUCAGGAAAUCUUUUUAUUUUGUUCUGAUCUAUAAAGAGCUAGUAGAAAAUGAUUGCUAGAACACACUUUCUCUCGCUAGAAAGGCUAAGGACAAUGUUUUGGCAGUGUUAAACAUGUAGCCUACCUCGAAUUUUUCAACCAUGACAAGACAGUGAGAAAAGACUGCCAGCUGACAUUUAUUCAGCAUCAAAGUGUUAGUUGGGUAAGGAUUUUCCAAAACAUCAGUGAGAGAAAAUGAAUGGCAAAUUCUGAACCAGAGCCUUUUAAAAAAUAAAAAAAAAAACCUUUAUUCAGGAAAGCAGCCUUUUUUUUUCUUGUCAGGCAAAUGCAUUUACACUUACAUACAAUUGUAUUUUGGCAUUCAGUUCUCAUCUUUAGCUGAGGUCACGAAGAUUAAAGUUCUGCUAAAAACUGAAUCAAAAGUGCAACUACAAAGAACUUUUACCAUUUUUUUGACUAAAAUUUAUUACAUUUGCUUUAGCGUUCUAUUGCUAUCUGCAAAUUUAUCUUGACUAAGUAGGUAAUGUAUAUUGUACAGCUAAAUUCUUAGAUACCUUAUCUGUUCUUAUGUCAUAAAUGCAAAGAUUAUGGAGUUUUUAAAAAAUGUAUAGUUACUGGCCGUGUAUUGUAUGUAGAGCACUUUGUGGAGGUGGUUUUACCUGGCAAAAGUCCAUAUUAUUGUUCAAUAGUUAUGUUAAAUUGAAAUGUGCGAGGAACUACAAGUAUGUCUUUGAAUUGUUACCAACUACUUCAAUGUCUCUCGUAGACUGAAAAGGUUCCUAGAUUUUGUUAGCAGUAGUAAAUGUAAUAGCUAGCUUUGGUCUAGCUAAUGUUAAGAACUGUCCACGGCCUCCACCCUGAACAGCUAACCCUGCAGUUGAGAGAAUCUCUGCCUUUGAGAUUUGUCUGUAGGACUAAAACUCUACACGUGCUGCUCUUUGGGUCCUGGUAUCUCCCUGUAGGUGUCCUUGUCCAGAGCCUGCUAACUUAGCUGGCUGUAUUUACUCUCUGCAUGUGACCACAGCAAACUCUCAUCCUGUGCACUGUCGUCAUGUUGACGAUGCCCUCACCCCUCAGAGCGGCCACUGCCUGCCGCACUUUAAUGUGGUGUGAUGAUGAUGAUUUUGAUGAUGAUGACUUUCUGUUGAUGGGGCUUGUAUAUCAGAUGCCUUUGACAAUCAUGUGCACAUAUCAGAGUUACCAUAACAACACAGGCCAGAGCGACUGAUUGUGUUUUGUUUGUCUUUUCUCCUGGAAUAAAUCCUCAAUGAUCGUA